UACAAAGGGUACGUUUUAGUCUCUUGACUUCCCGUAUGCUGAGAAGAAACUGUGGGGUUUUAUUUUAGCAAACCAUCGACGUUUUGGAUUGUUUGCCAAGAGCUAAUCUUUAUUCAGAUGUCCAUCCAUUCAACGAGGAAACUUUGAUUGCAUCUGAUAUUGUUUGAAGAAGGAGGACGGUGACUUCGAUCGAGUAUGCAAGAAAUCAUCUCAAGGUGACAUUCGAAGAUCUGGAAGCUAAUUGGUAGCAGCUAUCGCGAGAUAUUAAGCCAACGCACGGGAAAUGACUGAGCGAGUUAAUUUGUGGUUUCUCCAGAAGUUUGGCUAUAAAGGAUCCUUUAAGAAUUUUAUGGCAGCUUGAUGAUUUAGCUACAGGUGUGCACAAUGUCUGAAGAAGCAAGUGAUGAUACUGGUUGUGUCAUGAACCAGGAAACUAAUCCAGAAGAAAAAUGUUCCCAAGAACUUUCACACACUGAUGAUGCAACUCCUGAUGAGCUGUUUGAGUCGUUCAUGGAGAUUGCCAACAAUCCCGAACUCCACAAUGAACAGACAGACACACAGAAGGAUACAACAGGAGAAACAAUAGGGGCUUCUGUUCCUUGUGCUGGUGAGGUCAAAGACAUCAACAGCGGUGCAAAUGGAGAGAGAGAGACUGUCAGUGAUCAAGAGAUUAUAAAUGCUGUUUCUGAUCCUUCUGUUUCACAACUUCCAGAUUUCAAUAGCAGCUCGGAUGAACCGCAGACAGAUGUGCUGAAUGGAACAAAUGAUCAACGUGGAACAACGGAGACUGACAAGAAAAGUACUCCAAAUGGAACACCUGAUCAGAGUGAAUCAACAACCAGAGAGAUUUCUGAUCCUAUUUCUUCACAGGCUACAGAUGUCAGUAGUGGUACUGGAGAACAGUCUAUGUGUGCUCAAACAAGUAGUAAUGUAGAGACACUUGAUUCUACAGCAUCGGACACUGCUGAUGAGCACUUAAAUUCUGGUGAUAAUGCUGUGCAAAGUGCCACAGAAGGACCAGUAGCAAGCAGUGAGGAGGUCUUGGCAAAUCCUGUAUGUGACGAAACCAAACCUGAGGAACUAAGCGCCCCAACUGCUAGUUUACAAUCAAGUUCUGAUAUCACAAAUGAAGUAAAUAGAACUGAAGAACUAAGUUGUGGAACCAAAAAUUUGGAAGAAGGGACAGAAAGCAAUGACGUAGGAACAACUGAUAAUGAAGUAAUUUCACCUGAUUCAGCAGAAGUUGAUGUUGUCUGUGCUGUUUCUUCAGAUGAUAAAGAAGAGGCCUUGAGUGAAAAUGACCCCAGUACAUCUAAAGCAGAUGUUGCCAAGAGGUUGUCAAAGGCCAUGAUGGAUCUUGUAGGCCUAGAGGAGCAGUUGUCCUCAGCUGUGACAGAGAUGAAACGAUCAAACAGUGUAAAAGGUUCUGCAGAGAACAGCGUUGGAAAAGAAUUUAAUGCAAUUGCAGAGACUCCGGAGGGUCAGACUCUUGAGAAUCAAAUGGAUGGACAGGUUGCCUCUGACACCACUGUCAUGGACACUGCUGAGACAAAAGUGGCGGAUGAAAGAGUAGUGAAUAAAGGUGCUGCAGAUGAAGAAUCUAAUGUCCUGCCUGUCCAAGAAAAUGAUGUAAAGGCAGCUGAUGGUGAGACAGAUGUAGAUUUAAAUGCAGUCACUGUUCACUCGGGUACUGACGAAACUUUGGUGGAAGAUACUGACAAGAUUUGUAAAGAUGCAGUACCUGUAGAUAACAUCCAUAGUGAGAGCAAGGGAACUGAAGUGGAUGUUGUAGAAGUACAGGAGAUUAAAAUGGAAAACUCUGUGUCAGAUAAUCAAGAUAUACCAGGUAAUGAAGAUAUACCAACUAAUGAAGAUACAAAAGUUGAGAGUAAUGAAGUGGGUAAGAGUGAAACAUCUGAUGCAGAAGUAAACACUGGACACACAGUCGAUGAGAAAGAACCAUUGUGCACUGAGGAAUCACAUGGAGAAACAAUAGCUAGGGAUUCUAAUAAUGACACAGAAGAGAAGUCAGAUUGUGUGGAUAAACUUGACAUGGAAGUUGCAAAGGCUUGCACACCUAUACCUGACAUUGAAGUUACUACUGAUGAAAGUGGAAUUCCAGAGAAUAAAGGCCUGGAUUCCUUGGACAAUGAAGGCAGUUCUAACAUGUCAGAGGAUGGCAUUGAUUCUGACACACCUUCUGAUUAUGGUGAUGAUGAUGAGGAUGGCACAUUCGAUCCUGACAGUCAUGGAGCAUCUAGAAAGUCCUGGCACCUAGAAACAGACCGGGAUCGCUUGUCAUCAGACUCCUCAACUGUUUCAGAGAGGGACUUCAAGGAAAGUUUUGACAAAGGUGAUAAUGCAGAUGGAAAAUCUCCCAAAGAUGAUUAUAUCAGAGGACACCUGCUAAAGAUGGGUGGUACUGGCUUAACACCCAAAAAUUGGCGGAAAAGAUGGUUUGUGCUACGAAGGGAUAACUGUCUCUACUACUACAAACAAUCUAAAGACAAGGUUCCCUGUGGUGUUAUCAUUAUGGCAAACUACUCUGUCUCAAAAGCACCAGAAGUAAACAAGGAUCACUGCCUCAAGCUGACCAAAGGAGGUGCAAGGACAUACUACAUGUGUGCAGGAAGUGACAUGGACAUGAAGAAGUGGAUCAUGGCUAUGACGGACGCUAUCAAAGGAUCUUCAGGCAGUUCCAAUCCAUUUAACCUUUUUGAAGGCAAUGUACACAACGUCAGUAUCCCUGCUCUGUCAAUCAGAGACCCUGAUUGCCAUGGUUACCUCUUUAAACAAGGACACAACAUCAAGACUUGGAGACGCCGCUACUUUGUCCUGAAGAAUGGUUUUCUCUACUAUUAUUCAGACAUGUCUAACACUGUUGCUCUGGGUGUGGCUAAGCUGCUUGAUUACACAAUUCAAGUGGGGGACCACACAGGCAAGAAAUUUUGCUUCAGUGCUGUUUCCUCUGAGGCAUCAUUAAGGACUUACAACUUAGCUGCCGAGAGUGAAAUGGAUAGAACUAGGUGGUUAUCAAAACUGGAGGAGUCCAUCAAGAAAGGGUCAUUAGUCAGCUCUUAGGUCUUACGAUGGUGUGCAGUUCUACCAAGGAGAAUCAUUUCUGCUAGUCUAAUGGAUGAAAAAAAUUCAAACCAGAGAUGAGGGAUGUUGCUAAUGAGCUUCUGGGCUUCCUCUAUAUUUCCUAUAUGGGAACUUGACCUUUUUUAAAAAGAAAUUAUUAAAUGACUUUUAUCUCUCAUUACAAGUAUCGGUCAAUUCCAGUAGUGUCCAUCCCCCUGCCAAUAGUCAGGCUUUUGCUCUCAUCUUAAUCCCAGUGGUGGGGUAUUUGAAAUUUUUGUACUACUGCUUGAUUGCAGGUGCCUGUAGAGAAAAAUUCACUAACAUUCCAGUUUUUUAGAGGAUUUUCUCAUGACUGAUGAAAUUAACCUGUCAGAUAUUUGCAUAAGAACUAUGUAGUUGUGGCUUGGAGGUUUUCACUAUUGUGUUUGUGAUCAUUUCGCUUAUUUUGUCAAUUUGUAGUACCAAUUCACUGGUCACAGUUAGUUUUAGAAAUUAAAUAUUAUUUAACAAUUAGAUUAUGAGCUCGAGAUUUCUAUUAGUUCAAAGUUGAUGAGGCCAAAGGCCGAAGCAACUAUCACCUAAUAGCAAUUGAGAGCGAAUAAUCUAAUUGUUUUUAGAAUUCUAACUAAAAUUUACUUGAAAUAACAGUUUCCAAUUAUUUCUCUAUGUAUUAUUUUAUUUUGUGCCUCAGAAAGAUUGUUCCAGGAUUGAAUUGUCAUUUGAAAUUACAGUUGUGUGUGUGUGCAUCAUUUUUUUCAAAAAUUUCAAGUUUUUAAAAGUCAAAGAAACUGUAAACGUCCUUGUUUUGGUCUUCUCAGAAAUUUAAUAUUUAUCAUGAUUUUGCAUCAAAAUGUUCUUUGGAAAAACAAAA